AUGCUUACCAGCGGCUUGUAUAUCAUCUUCCUCAACGACACCGAAGUGCUGACGCGAACAGCAACCUUAACGCAAAACUCAUUUGCAAGCAGCCGCAUGUCGAGGCAGAUCUUCUAUCUUCAUCACCUGUCCGGAGACAAAUACGCCAUUUACGGCCGCAACAAGAACACCAUCGUGACAUACGACAGCAGCGACAAUACUUAUCCCGUCAAACCGAUUGCCGGCAAUCCUGGGAUAGAAAAGAACAAGACUAGCAUGUUCAAAAUCACGGAGGGCAGGAGUCGGGGAGGCCAGAAGGUCUAUACCGUUAACAAUAUGAAAAAUACCACGCCACUUGUCUUGACAAAGAUGACCUCUCCGCGAUCGAGAGUCUCGUCAUUUGAGUUCAGGCGGGUCGGCCCUAGCCAAGACGAAGUUGACCAACUAAAUGAUCGAAACGGAAAGCUCACAGGUGACAAUAAGAGCCUGAAAAAGAGAAACAAAAAGCUCAAGGAUGACAAAGAAGACCUUAAAAAAAAGAAAAAACAUCUAAAGGAUGAGCUGGACCAAUUGAGGAAAAAGUGCAGCGAUGAUGGCGGUCUCAGGUUAUUCAUCAAGGGGUGCGGGGACUCACUCGCCCAGCUUCGUGGCUACAUGCAAGCUGGGCAAAUUCAGACGAUGUAUCCCUGGCUCAUCGACCUGGAUGCGCGGGUUCGGAAUUUCAUCCAGCGGGGUUACCGUUAUGCGUGA